AUGCUUUCAUUCUUCGCCAUCAACUAUAUCGCGCACGCUGCGACCGCACCCCCAGUUAUUGGAACACUGGAUCCCGCUAUUUACGUACCCAAGCUCAAGUAUUGGCUCUCUAUUCCACAGCUAUUUGCGAUCAUCUAUCCUUACCGGGGUCUACUCCGAUCCCUGUGCAUUAUCACCGGCAUGAGCAGUCUCUCUCCUCUCAAACUCGAUGAUACAACCAUAGCAUUAUUAUCUGGUGUCGUCCUUCUGGUUGCACGAGAUCCAUCAGAUUGGGAACCGUCGAGUCAACCGGAGCUCAUUCGCGUACGUCUCCCUGAGGAACUCGAACUCAGCCGCAUUACUGACAGCGACGCGAUGAACUCGCACGUCUAUAUUGAGGUUGAAGAUGCGCCCUUUCCGACAACAAGGGUUGAUCCCAAAAAGCACAAUAUAGUCGGGGAAAUCGAGUUGCCACAAGGGUAUCGUCUCCGCGCUGUACAGGCAGAUGUUUCCUGGUUCUACUUUGCCUGUCAAAACACAGCUAUCCAAUCAGUCCUUGACCUCUUGAUGCGUUUACCAAUUGGUGAUUUACCACGUUCGCUAGUCAGCAAUAUACAGAGGAGGUAUCGCAAAAUAACUGAGGACCUCCCUGCAAGCCAACAUCGCGACGACGGUCCGUCUCGCGAUCACACCCCUUCCCCCGCUCUAUAUCUCAAGCCGCUUCCGGUUCUGGAACGAGUCAGAGACUUUCUGCGCUCUAGCGUGGAUGAUACCAGCAAGAUCAAUCUGGCACGCGCCCGCUCUGUGCUACCGAUGGUGAUCUCAAUUGCACAGCUGAUUUCAGCCACCAUCGCACUUUACGAAACUCGAGGAGACCAGAUCACUCGAUUCGGUUACGCUGCCUACGGACUUUCAGUAAUCCCCUACGCCAUUAUGACCGUCGUCAACCUUGUAUGCAACGCCUGCGUAGGACAAUGGCCAUGCCGGUUCGUUUUGAAUACUGGGGUUUGCGCGGAAGCGGCCCGCCGACCCGAUGCCAAGAUCGAUGGAGUGGUUGGCGUAACGAAGAAGCUGGAAGACUCGGGCUUCCAGUCUCCAGACGAUGCUGGCACGCCAGACGAGAAAGGCGGAUACACGUUGGCAUUCCUAUCCAAGGAGUGUAUCCAUAUUGAUCGUGGUGACUCCUCCAAGCGCGAGCUGCUCGUUGUCCAGGUCGGCGACACCACCAGAAGAUUUCAGUUGCUCAAGACACUCCCUGAAGAGACCAGCCAAAAUGCCUCGUCCGUUGGGAAGAAUGCGCACUACACCUUUUCAAUCUCAUCAAUCAACAAUCAUCCAUACCAGCAUCCUGCGGAGUCAUCAAUCGAGGACGGACUUGGUCGCCUCUUCAAGAAAAUUGUUGGCUUCUGUGUCCCCAUGUCAUUCGCGAUCAUCCUAAUUCCACUACCUUACCUCAUCACCUACGCCCUCACCGGUUUCAAAGCGCAUGGUAGUACUGCUGCUCAGAGGGGAUGGAUGAUGACCUGGUUGGUUGUCGGUCAGUGUCUCGCAUUUGUACCGCCAUAUCAAAACUCGCCAGCUCUCUCGAAGCUUCGUCAAGCGGACGCCAAUCUUGGAUGGUUUAGAAUCCCGUCAGAAACAAUGGUUGGGCUGGUCAUCUUGCCCGAACUGCUACUGACACAUAGUUGCGUCAGCGGGACACUGGAGAUACGCAACCAUGUUAUGUCGUCUCGUCAUCUAAGUGGGCAUAGAACACAUAGUACACUUCAAGGAUACUUCUCACUGAUGCCGUUUCUCACGACUGUAUUGUUCACCCUCUCCGCCGGAUGCUUGAUCCUCUUGGCAUCGCCGGCGGUCUCGAUUCCCCUCCCGCUCCCGAUUUCCAAAGAAUGUAAGCGAGAUCUGAAUAUCAUAUGGGGACUCGUGCAAUUCUACGUAACAAACUACGUCGCCUAUGCUGCAAGUACCCCUACGACUAUGACCGGCAGACACAUACCCGUAGGCUUCGGAAGAUUCAAGGCCUACAUCCAGCCAAUAUGGAUAACCGUGCUGCUCGUCCCAUUUGCCGGCCUCGUGCGAUCGGUCCUAUUGCUUGUUGGCAGUAUCACCAUAGAUGAUGUAUCCCUCGCGUUACGUGUACGCGCUUUGGUCGUGGUGACCCGCGUCAAAGGAUGGAAACCCGCUGAGAAUAGGGAAGAGCUUGUUCCCGUACAGCUACCUUCUGGGUUCGCCGAUGUCGACAGAAGGUAA